GAAGAAUCAAAUAACUCCCGAUUUUCUGAAAUUUGCGAGGUUAAUCCCCCCUUUUUCUCACACUCUUCCUCAUCGCUCACGUCGCCUCUCCUUCUCCUUCUCCUUCUCCCUCCUCUGCCAUCGCCAUCACCGAUUCAACAUCCACCACCGGUCCUCCUUGCCUUCACAUCUCGAUUAAAGCUCCGUCUAGCUGGAAUGCCUCGCCGCUGUCUCCGGUGAAUGAGGAAGACGAUGUCACUGAAACCCUCACCGCUCCGUUGUCUCUCUCUUUUCCGAUAUUUCAAGGGAAGACUUCGCCGCCACCGUUCCACUCCUGUAUGUCAGCAGCCAUCGUUCUAUGUUUUCGGUGAUUUGUGCUUGAGGCUAUAUAGUUCUUUUGUUGGAGUUGCUAGAACCGGUGUCAAGCAUGCAACAAACCCCUAUGGAUAAAAGGCAAAUUCAAAUUGACUUGCAAUUGCAAGAAAGAUAAAAUCAAAUGGAUUUGCAGAUGCAAUAAAUACGAAAAGAAAUGGAAUUGCAAUUGGCGGUCUUUAUGUGAAUUCAAUCAUCCCGGUAAUCCACCGAGUAGUUUUUAGUUUUUGUUUUAAAACACUUGAUUAGUCUAAACUCUUGUAAAGGUAUUUUGACUAUUUUAAU